AUGUUUUCAGUUGAUAACCACAAAAACGCCCCGCUGCGGCAUAUCAUCGUGGCUGCCCCGGGCGUCAACUGCUUGCGAGGAAAGUCUUUUCAGACUGCUGCAAGAAGGGGGGCCAUAGAGUUACUGGAACUCCUUGUAAGGAGCGCGCCCCAGCCUUCGUCGCUUUCCUCAGCAGUGCCCGUCGCUAUGAGACUCGUGGACUCUCGCCUAAGAAUGAACUUUAUGGUAAUACUCCUGGACCACGGAGCAAAAGGUCAUGCAGUCGACCAGGCUUUGACCGAGGCUAUUGGGGAGACGCCUCUGGACGAGGACUUGGUACUGUACUUCGUGAACAAAGCCAACGAUGACCAUCAUCAAGGGCAAGCUCUGUGCAAUGCGGUCAAGUGUGCUAACAAAAACAUCGUUGCAUCUGUCAUCAAGCUGCCUGCGACCGGAGACAGACUGGCAAAGCUUGACUUGCUGCUUCGAGCUGGAAUUGAGCAGGAGGGUCGCGACAAGGCCCUGGUGCAAGAGAUCAGCAAUGAGUCUCACAGCGACAUGGAUAUCAUCGAAAGGCUUCUAGAUCGUGGGGCAAGCUGCAACUAUGAUGGUGGAAAGUCGUUGGAACUUGCGGUCAGCUCACGAAACAAUCAAUUGCUCAGAUGUCUUAUCGACAGUAAAUGCGAGAGUGCUAUAUUAGCAAGAAUGUUGCCCUUUGCUAUGCAUAAUCCAGACAUGAAUACGAGAUAUGCAUGCAUGGCUCUACUUCUUAUUGGCGGUGCGACGGGUGAUCAGGUCAGUCGUGCAUUGGUCCAUGAAAUUCGAUUACUCAGAGGACAAGUUAUCAAACACGUCGUCUCAACGCCCACCGAGAAUGAAGUCUUGAAACUCCUUUUGGAAGGUAACGGAGCAUCACUGGUCCUGGCAUCGCUUAUUCCUCUUGCCAUGAAUCACGCACAAGAGUCUAGGCUGCAAAUACUUCAAACGCUCCUCGAAAACGGUGCGGGAGGGGCACAAGUCCAUGUUGCACUGAUAGACGCAGUGAAACAGGGACCACAUGCACAGCCAACCAUCGACAUGCUGUUGCGAUAUCAUGCUUCUGUUAACUACCAAAGUGGUGAAGCCAUAAGGAUCGCCGCCGCGGCAGGUCAAUUCGUCCAUCUUAGACUGUCUGCUCCAGAGGAAUCCCAACUCCGAGUAUCUGCCCGAGGCUCUCAGUCUUGCAAUGCAGACGCCAGCCGUGCAGACUGGCACAAACAUCCCGGAUCGAUUCAAGACCAUGCCCUUGUCGAACAUCUCAUCAAGAGCGGUGGGGAUCCGAAUUUUCGGAGUUGUGAAUCCGUGGUCAAGGCAACAGAGCAAGCUGAUAUUGAGUCGCUUAUACUAGUGACAAGAUCCAAAGUCUCGCACACGGUCUUCUUCGCGGCUUUCGCGGCGAAGUCAACUUCUAUUGAUAGAUGGCAAAGCAAACUCGACUUGCUGCUCAAUAUUGACAAGAUCCUCCCCGAGGGAGGGGCCGCUGGUCCUGCGGUUGAUUAG